AGAUCAAACUGACAUCGAUGAGUGUUACUCAAGGAAAAACUGCAAUGAAGGCAAUUUCUCCCAAGAGAUCUUGAGAAAGAAUGGCGUUAUUGACGGCACUGAACUGGGGAAGGCUGGAAACACAAGGCAGGAUGAAAGGAGCUGUCCGUGGUGCUGCAACUGCUGGUGAAGGAGCCUUAAAUGCAGUGACCAAUUUGCUGGCCCCCAUUGUCACGAAGCAAGGACGGCCCGUGUUGAUGAGAAUUUUGGAUCCUUCUUUGAAAGAAAGCCCACUAAAGUUUCUUCUCGCCAAAGCAGCGGCGGUACCGAGUGGGCAAAGGCUGCGCCAGCUAUUUUUCAAUUCAACUUCCCGGCUGAAAUCCAACAGAGGUGUGAUUCGCACACUUCUGAAAAGCGCCCCAGGAGAGAGCCCUGAAAUCCAACGUGGAGCAAGAAAUACAUGUUUGUUUUUGGUAGACCAGCAGAUGACAUCGCUCUCUCCUUUCCCCCCCCUGGGAUGAAGGGGAAAAAAGGCCCGGACAGGUGGCUAGUCCUCAUUGUAAAGUUCUCAGGGCAAAGCCUUAACUUCUCUGCAACCCGCUAUGGGGAUCCUUUGGCUGAGUCAGAUCAUCCGGUUUCUUUGGCUUCUGCUCUUCAGCCUGGCUGUGGUGCUCUCCAAAGUCUCCGAAAGCCGAGGGGUUCUGGAAAGCGUUCAAAAAUUCUCCUUGCUGCCAACGUAUCUUCCGGUGAGUUACCAUCUUCGCAACGCGGACAUCUCGUUCUUCCUCAAAGAAGCCAACCAAGACAUCAUGAGGAACUCUAGCCUUCAGUCCCGGGUGGAAUCGUUCCUCAUCUAUAAAGCCAAGAGGCCGCCCACCUUAAAUGCAACCUACGGACCUUUUUCAAUCGAGCAAGCGGUACCCCAGGACCUGCUGUCUUCUUCGAACCCGUUCAGAUCCUCCGUCCCCAGGAUGUCGUUCAACUGGAAGUUGAAGGCCUACAUCUUGAACCACAAGGUUUAUCCAAGCAGACCCAAAGUCCAGAUCCUCUUCUACAUCGUUGGGAGAGAUUGGGAUGAGUACAGCCGCUCGGAGCGGUUGCCUUGUUUGAGAGUCUUUGCUUUUUGGGAGACGAGAGAAGUCCGGGCCACCUGCAGGCUGGCAGACAGUCUGGGGUUUUGCAUGGCUGAGCUAGACCUACUUCCCAGCUGGUUUAACCCUCCCACCAUGCUGGCUGGCCGGAAGAAGUUUUUCAACCAGUCAGAAGGGAGUCAAGUGGAAUUAUACUACGCCAUUCAAGACGAGAACGGGGAUUGUACCAAGGAGGACUCUAGAAAGAACAACGGAAUCAGACCUGCACGCAACGACAUUGAUGAAUCGGGGCCACCCCUGCAAAGGAUUGGAAGUGUUUUUCUCUACCAGGCGCAGGGUAGCCCUCCCUUAAGUGAACUGUGGCUGGACGGUAACGUUGUCCUUCAGUACAUACCAAAGACGCUGAAGCAAGGAGAAGUAUUGACUUUCAUGGUGUCCACGGCUAAAAACUCAACCGAGGACCAAUUCACAUUGAGGGUGAAGGUGAAGAGAGGGGUGAAAGUGAUCAGCAUCCGAGCCAGCAACCCGUACACCUGGGAAGUCCAAAAGAGCGUGGAUGCUAUGGGGAAAAAUUCCCCAGCGGUGAUUUUUUGCCAGAGAAAAACAGCUGGAAGAAGCACGGCUCCUUUUCCCCCGCAGAUCUUGCAGGUGGAUUUUGAGAUGGAAGCACUCACCGAAUUGCCAGGGAUGCAGUUUAUUACGUGGCAGGUUGAAUAUCCUGGAGGAAGGACGUCUGACCUCAGCAUCUCCAAGAUUUAUGUCAGCCAGAAGGAUCUCGUUGGCAUUCUUCCCUUAGCUAUGGAAGCAGAGAUCUUAAACACCGCCAUCCUCACUGGGAAGACGGUGGCUGUCCCUGUUAAGGUGGUCUCGGUGGAAGAAGAUGGAACAGUGACUGAUCUUGUGGAGUCCGUGGAGUGCAGAUCCUCAGAUGAAGAUGUGAUCAAGGUGUCCGAAAGGUGUGACUACGUAUUUGUCAAUGGGAAGGAAAUGAAAGGCAAAGUGAAUGCGGUGGUCCAUUUCACAUACCAACAUCUGAACAGCCCCCUGGAGUUGACUGUGUGGGUUCCCCGCCUCCCACUGCAGAUUGAAGUCUCUGACCCAGAGUUAAAUCAGAUCAAGGGCUGGAGGAUCCCCAUUGUUUCCAACAAGAGAUUAGUUAGAGACAGCGAUGAUGAAGAGGAGGAUGAGAGGAAGGGAAGAGGUUGUACUCUCCAGUACCAGCAUGCAACAGUGCGGGUCCUUACCCAGUUCGUAGCUGAGCCCUUGGACCCUGGUGGCCAAACUACUUACCUGUUGGGCUCCGACUGGCAAGUGGACAUCAGUGACCUGGUGAAGAAUUUCAUGCAAGUGGAAGAGCCGAGGAUUGCCAAGCUGCAAGAUGGACAGGUGCUAAUGGGACAGGAGUUGGGAAUGACUACCUUACAGAUCCUGUCCCCACUUUCCGAUGCCAUCCUGGCAGAGAAGACGGUGACCGUCCUUGAUGAGAAGGUGACCCUCACUGACCUGGGGGUCCAACUGGUGUCCGGUCUUUCGCUCUCCUUACAGCUGAGCACCGGAAGCAACAAAGCCAUCUUCGCUACGGCCAUCGCUCAAGAAUUGCUUCAAGCAGAAAAGCAGGAAGCUGUGAUCAGUUGCUGGAUCCAGUUCAGCGAUGGAGCAGUUGUGCCCUUAGAUAUUUACGACGCCAAGGAUUUCUCUUUGGUGGCCACGUCUCUGGAUGAGAAGGUCGUCUCUGUCCACCAGAGUCCCAAGUUUAAGUGGCCGUUCGUCGUGGCCGAGUCAGAAGGCCAGGGUCUUUUGGUAAAAGUGGAGCUGGUGAUCAGCGAAUCCUGUCAGAAAUCCAAGAGGAAGAGUGUCCUUGCCGUGGGUACUGGAAGUAUCAAGGUCAAGUUUGGUCAGAAUGACACCGUCCCAAACCCAAGUGACAGUAAGCCUGGCGGAGAUGGUGUCCAUCUGGAGACCCGGACCAGCGAUCGGCGUCAGAAGACAAGCCUGCAGGAGAGAUCUCGACCACAGGGACCUUACUACAGCUCCUCCAUGGGACAUGAAGAAACCAGAGCUACUAGCACUACUCAGAAGUCCAUUCUAAGUAAGAAAGAAGACCGGGAGAGUCUCCUAGAUGACGACGGUCACAUGCAAAGUCUCCCGAUAGACUUCACCAGUUUUCCAGCUCAGGUAGACCUGCCCAAGAGCAAUGGAGAUUUGGAAGAGGACGAUCCUGAUGAGACACCCAGGGGCUUAAGUGACUUGGAAAUUGGGAUGUAUGCUUUGCUCGGUGUCUUCUGCUUGGCCAUUUUGGUGUUCCUCAUUAACUGUGUCACCUUUGCCUUGAAAUACAGGCACAAGCAGGCUGCAUUUGAAGAACAAGAAGGCCUCAGACACUCUCACGACUGGGUGGGACUGAGUCAUAGAACUGAACUGCUGGAGAACCACCUCAAUUUCUCCACCCAACCGGAGGAAUGCAUUACAGCCAUUGACCGGAGCGUGGAUUUAGAAGAAAGCAAAUAUCUCCUUAGUGCCAACUCUCAGAAGAACCUCAACGGCCAACUCUUCCUAUCCACAGACUCUGCCCCCUCCCCAGAAGGGAAGGAGCAGAGGAACGAACCCGCCACCUCUCCCACCUCCAAACGGAAACGUGUCCAAUUUACCACCUUCACCACCAUCUCUUCCGAUGGUGGGUACCCAACAGUCAACUCCAUUUUGACCAGCAACGAGGACGAUAUCAAGUGGGUUUGUCAAGACAUGGACUUGGGAGAAUGUAAAGAACUAAGGAACUACAUGGAACAGCUACAUGAAAAAGUGUAACAAUACAUCUGAAAAAGAUUUCUGUUUUCUUUCUUAUCUCUUUUUUUUCCCACUCACCUUUCUGCCUUUACGUUAAGGUACUAGUCAAAAACAAGGAGCAUAGAAAGAAAGAGAGAAAAAAAAAAUAAUAGAACUUGGUGAACAACCCAAAUGUGGCUCCUUGGGUUAUCGUGGAAAACAUCCAGGGUGUGGUCAAAAUCCCAAAUAACAAAUAUAUAUUGAACGGGUCUUGUAGAGAGGUGUUUGAAGCCAACCCACAAGGGAAAAUAAAAAAUUUAAUAAGGAGAAGUCAAAUAAGACCUUAUUCUUUGAGCUGAUCCUCCCAAAUUAAGGCCAGAAAGUAAAUCCUGAUGCAUGGUUUAGAUGCUUUCAAGCUGGUUAAUUCUCAGUAUUUCAGAUUUGUCAUCUGGAUCUUACGUUUCGGGGAGGGAUGGGGGGAGGGAAAAAUGGAAAAGUUGAAGGCCACAUCUCAAUCCACAUGAGCUGGAGGAGAACAUCUGAGCAACAAGGACCAGCAGAUUAGUUUGUAAUUUGGACUUAAUUUGGUACCUCUAAUUUCUCUAAUUUUCUCCAGAAAUAGUGCCAAAGAAUGUGGAAUGUAUUUAUCUAUUUUCUUUCAUUCUUCUUUUCUUCUUCUUCUUCUUUUUUUUGCAAGGAGGAUUUACUAACUGAUCUAUGAUUUAGUAGGAAAGAUUGCAACGCGAGCCUUCACCAAGGGCAACCGGAAAGCUCCCCCUUUUUUAAUCAAAUAAAAUUCUGUGGCCAUUUGUCACAUUCGGACUCCUUUUUUAUUUUUUCCCCCCUAGAAUUGCAGCAGCUUUGGCGACGCAGAAUGUUUAGGGGCCCCCAAAAUUGGAGAGCUCAGAAAUUGUGGGGGGGAGGGGGGAGUUUUGAUAGGUGGAUUAGUUAGAAGACGUAGCCUCCAUAUCUCAUGGAUGUGAGCAGGUCUGACUCAAA